CAGCGAGUGGGUUUGCCGUUUGGGAAUCUUAUAGCAAUUUCUUUUGACAUCAGACAUACCCACUGUGAGGUUUGACGUGGACGCUUGAGGCUCUGACAUUCCUUUGCCAAGUUCCCGAGUCAAGGAAGAGCCCUGGAUGCCCUAUGGGUGGGUCAAACGGUGUUCCCUUCAAGGUGUGGGGUUGUGGGAGCGUGGUGGGUCGAAAGCAGGAACCAAAAUUGGCGUCAAUCAACGUUUCAUGCUGCAAUGGAUGGGCAGCACUUUUACGCUAUAGGGGAUCCAUUACGACGUGCCUGAAGCCUUUCAAUCCCACCUACUCUCACAUACGACAGUCGUUCUUCCACGUGAAGGGCACCAAGCAGUAG